GGCGCCAAAAUCAAACCGGCCUAGUCCUGCCCCGCCCCUCGCCGCGCGUAGGCCCAGCCUUCGGAAGACCCGCUAUGUCAAAGAAAAAAGGACUGAGUGCAGAGGAGAAGAGAGCCCGCAUGAUGGAAAUAUUUUUUGAGACGAAAGAUGUGUUUCAAUUAAAAGACAUGGAGAAGAUUGCUCCCAAAGAAAAAGGCAUUACUGCUAUGUCAGUGAAAGAAGUCCUUCAAAGCUUAGUUGACGAUGGUAUGGUUGACUGUGAGAGGAUCGGAACGUCGAAUUAUUAUUGGGCUUUUCCAAGCAAAGCUCUUCAUGCAAGGAAACGCAAGCUGGAGGUUCUGGAAUCUCAGUUAUCUGAGGGAAACCAAAAGCAUGCGAAUCUACAGAAAAGCAUUGAGAAAGCCAAAGUUGGCCGACAUGAAACGGAAGAGCGAACCAUGCUAGCAAAAGAGCUUUCUUCACUUCGAGACCAGAGGGAACAGCUAAAGGCAGAAGUGGAAAAAUACAGAGAAUGUGACCCACAAGUUGUGGAAGAAAUACGUCAAGCAAAUCAAGUAGCCAAAGAAGCCGCUAACAGAUGGACUGAUAAUAUAUUUGCAAUAAAAUCUUGGGCCAAAAGAAAAUUUGGAUUGGAAGAAAAUAAAAUUGAUAAAAAUUUUGGAAUUCCAGAAGACUUUGACUACAUAGACUAGAAUGUUCGAUGUUGGUAAAGGAUCUGUGUACUUGUGAAUAUGUAAUUUUUAAAAAUAUUAUCCAACUAAAUGUACUGAAUUGCCAUUUACCUAUAACUGUGUUUAUCAUUUUGUUAAUUUUAAAUAAAGUAUAACGUAGAGAUGUU